CUUGCGGGCCACCAUCCCGGAAGUGGGAUUAGAGGAAGAAAGUACAAUAUUGAGUAUUCUCGGUAUGUAGGGUGCGGACUUUCGGAACUUUGCAUGGUAUGUGUUGACCAGGAAGGACUCAGAGGUUUUGGUCACCUCCCCUGAAGGUCUGAGCUGCUCCGAUGAGACCACCUGUGUUUGCACCUUGGGACUUGUGGUAAGAGUUCCUCUGAAAAAACCAAGCUGCGUUGUUGCUGGGUUGCGACCUUAGUUUGGAGCUGCAUUGAUGCUUUAGCGGUUUACCAUGGCUCUGCGUGCAGUGUUGCUCAUACGCCACGAACCCGGAACUCCAUUCUGUGGCUCCGUGAGAUUCUCCAGACGGUAUCCAACUGUUGAAAAGCGAGCUAAAAUCUUCAAUGGAGGGAGUUACGUGCCUGUUCCUGAAGAUGGUCCUUUUCUUAAAGCACUACUCUUUGAACUUAGAUUACUGGAUGAUGAUAAAGAUUUCGUGGAAUGCCGUGACAGUUGUUCACACAUCAAUAAAACAUCUAUCUAUGCUCUACCAAUAGGAGGCAAAGAACUCUGGCCAGUUGUUGCAUUUCUGAAGAAUGGCAUGAUAUAUGCAAGUGUUCCACUAGUUGAACAGACUCUAUCCCCUCGUCCACCACUAAUUAGCAUUAGUGGGAUUUCACAAGGCUUACAGCUCCUUUUUGGUAUUCAGGAUUUUCUGUACUUAAGUCAAAAAAAUGACAGUGAGUUAAAUACAAAGUUAUGCCAGUUGCCUGACUUGCUUCUACAGGCUUGUCCAUUUGGUACUGUAUUGGAUGCCAACAUACAGAGUUUCUUGGAUAACAAUAACUUUGCUUCUGUGACUCAGCCACAAAAACAGCCAGCCUGGAAAGCUGGAGUAUACAAAGGAAAACCACAAGUUUCUAUUUCUAUCACUGAAAAGGUAAAAUCCAUGCAGUAUGAUAAACAAGAUAUAGCAGAUACGUGGCAAGUUGUUGGAGCAGUCACUUGCAAGUGUGAUUUGGAAGGAAUCAUGCCGAAUGUUACCAUCAGCUUGAGCCUCCCCAGCAACGGGUCUCCACUGCAAGAUAUUCUUGUUCAUCCGUGUGUAACGUCUCUUGAUUCUGCCAUUCUGACUUCUAGUAGCAUUGAUGCAAUGGAUGAUUCUGCAUUUAGUGGACCGUACAAAUUUCCGUUCUCUCCACCUUUAGAGUCAUUCAACUUAUGUUACUACACGUCCCAGGUCCCUGUCCCACCAAUUUUGGGUUUUUAUCAAAUGAAAGAAGAAGAGGUACAACUAAAAGUAGCAGUUAAUUUAAAACUUCAUGAAAGUGUAAAAAAUAAUUUUGAAUUCUGUGAAGCUCAUAUACCUUUUUACAAUAGAGGCCCAAUUACACAUUUGGAAUACAAAGUUAGUUUUGGCCAGCUUGAGGUCUUUCGAGAGAAAGCCUUAUUGAUCUGGAUUAUUGGCCAAAAGUUUCCAAAAUCAAUGGAAAUUAAUCUUUCUGGAACUGUAACUUUUGGAGCCAAAGGCUAUGACAAGCAGCCGUUCGACCAGAUUUGUAUUGGAGGUACAGCAUUUGUAAAGCUUCAUUUCAGGAUUUUAGAUUACACACUUACUGGAUGUUAUGCAGAUCAGCACUCAGUUCAAGUUUUUGCAUCAGGAAAGCCAAAAAUAAGUGCACACCGAAAACUAAUUUCAUCUGAUUAUUACAUCUGGAAUUCGAAAGCCCCUGCUCCAGUAACAUAUGGAUCAUUAUUAUUGUGAUUUUCUCAUGUUUAAAUAGAAUUUAUUAGCCUGAUGUAGUGGUAAAUGCAUGUAGUCCCAGCACUCCAAGAGACUAAAGCAGGAAAAUUACAAGUUGAAGUCCAUCCUGAGUAACCUUGUGACUUAGCAAGACCCAACCUCAAGUUAAAUAAAGGGCUUGGAAGCUCAGUGCAAAGGUCCUGGUCCAAUCCCUAGUACCACAUGCAAAAAUAGAUAGAUAGCUGGGGAUAUAGCUCAGCGGCAUAAAUACCUGCCUGGCAAACCUCAAGUUGUGAGUUCAAUCCCCGGUACCAAAAAAAAGUCGUGAUAGUGCUAAUGAAAAAUAGAGAGAUAGACAGACAGACAGAUAGAUGAGGCUUAUAUUAUGGUAACAUAGCUUACAUGGAAUACGAUCUUUUAUUUCUAAUUUAUAUAACAAGUAAAUGAGUGAUUUAAUUUAAAAAGUACUUGUAUUUACUGUUUUUAAUCUAGCAUACAUUAGUUUGAAACAGUAUUUUAAAGGCUGAUGUCUUGGGUUUUUAUUAUCUUUGACCUUAUGUCAUAAUUCAGAAUGUAGAAAAGUGUGAUUCAUUCUAACAUAUUUUAAAUCAGUCUUUGGGCAGCAUCAAAGUACUCCUUCCUGCACCUGUGGCAGGCAUUGCUAAUCGUUCACAGCCUUUCAGAGUUAGAACCGGCUUAUUUUUAGUACAGAACUUCAGUCAUUGGAUUGUAGCUGAUAUGAAAGGUAUAUUUGCUUUUCCAAACCUGAGUCCUAAACCCCUGGUACAGUGUACUGUUAUUAAAUAUGACAAUCCAAGUAGAAACAACUAUAAAAUCCUUAACAAUUCUAGCCUACUGUUUAUAAUAAGGAAUCCACAUAAUUCUAUUUAAGAUAGUAUUUUCCUGUCUGUUCUACAGCCUCUUAUUAGUAAGCUAGUUAAUUUGCCAAAAUAACUUGUUAUUUGAGAUGUCAUCAGGCAUGCUAAGAUGGAUGGAAUACUCUGAAAAGAUGAAUGUUUUGUGAUCAUAUCUGCAGCCAAGUUUUUAAAGAUAAUUGUAAGUGUAAUAUUGCUUUUUCUAUACUAAAUUAUACCCAUUAGUGAAUGAAUUCAUAUUAAAAACUGAAAUAGCCA